CUCUCAUUGUCACUACAGCUCUCUGCCUUCACACACACACACAAGGGUAUUAGUGCCGCUCAGCAGCCUAAACCUCCAGACGCCGCUGCCUUGCCCCCUUGAGCCCUCUUUGCAGACAAAAAGCUGCCCUACCCCACCAGGUCUGAGCAGGCGCUUCAACUCAGCACUCGUCUGUUUCAUCCAUCAGUGAAGACAGCUCUUCAAGUCAGCAGGUGACCUGUCCCCUCCCCGGCGUCCCAGCAGGCAGGCAUGGCAGACGGUCGGCAGCCAGACGAGCACUGGUCCACAAAUGGCCAGGAAAAUGGCGAGAAUGGCUACUCCGCCUACAGCUCUGCCUACAGGGAGAAUGGAUACCACGGUGGGGCAGCUGCACAUCCUGGAACGACAGUGGAUGACUCAGCCAAUUUGCCUCCCUCCCCUCCCCCCUCUCCAUCCGCUGAGCAGAUUGGGCCCGUGGCACAAGAAGAUAUAAUAGAGGUUGUCAGUCAACAGCAGGAUGAGGAGGAGGAGGAGGCUCCAGAGGAGCCCCACAGUUACCAGGAGGAAGUGGCAUAUGAGCAGCCUGGAGACUUGCUCUUAGAGCAGACAGAUUAUUUAACAGAGCCCCAGGCUUUGGGCUGCCAGCAAGCCCAGACACCUGAGGUCCUCAAUGGAGGAGGUCACCAAGGUGAACACAGCCCGACACAAAAAGCCCAGCCAGAAGAAUGUAUCAGUGAGGCAUCUUGUGAGUCUGCUGUGAAAGAAGAUGAACCUCAAGUGGCAUCACUACCCGAGAAGCAGUUGGCAGUUGAAAGAGCAAAACCUGAAGGUGCAGAACUCGCCUCGAUUGAACCUCCUUCUCAUUCUGUGAAAGAGAAAAAGCCCUCCGACACAUCUUCAAUUGAGCAGAGUAACCAAGACAGAGAGGAGGCAGCAGAAGAGAUUGCCGAGAGACACCUGCUUUUGGAGUCCAAAGAAAAAGAAGCAGAAAAGCCUCAAAGGACAGAGGAGUUGUCAAGUCUUGAGGAUGAAGACAAACAAGAGGUUACCUUACAGAGGAAAUCAGGAGACCCUAUAAAUGAAAGCAAGGAAAAACAAGACACGAAUGAGGGGAUGAAUAAGGAAGGCCAAGAGAGUGGCAGUGACAUUAGAUUGCAUGAGACGCCAGUAACUGACAUUCAGAAAGUGGACCAAAGGCAAGAAGCAGUCAAGUCAAGUCCAGAACCUGGCACAGAGUUGAAAGCCACAACAGAUAUUUUUGUAGACCAAGAGUCAGGAGCAAAAACCUACUUUGAGACAUCCUCUAAAAGCCCUGAAGAGGAGUCCUCACAAACCCAGAGCUAUUAUGAACUCAGCACAGCAGCAGAGAAAAAGUUAAGUGAGGAAUCAAAAGGCCUUGUGCAGAAGCUCGAGGAACAACAGGAGAGAAAAGAUAAAAUAUCUCCUGGGAAGAUGUCACUAGACCAAAGAAGCCUCUCCCUUAACAUUACUGUUGGAUCUUUGGCAGGACAGACCGUGAAGGGAGAGGAGUCAAGGACAUUGUGUCCAAUUAGUGGAAGCUUUGAUGAACCUGAGGGUUACCCUUUAACACCAGCUGUAGAGAACCAACACCACUUUCCUCCAGCUGUCUCCAUUACCCCAACUACCACCGAAUCACCUGAAGAUACCCCCAUCAAGGCAGACACACCUUUUCCUACUGACAAGCACAAACGUUUUGAACAUUCAGGUAGCAUCUCUGAAAUGUUGGACCUGGCUGGAGACCUACCUCGGCCUUCAUUAGAGAGGAGGGAGGUUGAUCACAUGAGGCGAAAAUCUGUGCCCACCAAUGUGUCAGCUCUGGUGGGGAGUUCUUUGGCCAAGCUUGCCUUAGAAGAUCAAACCUCAAGAGUAGUGGGAGGGGAAAGCCAACUGGAGGAACUGGGCUACUGUGUCUUCAAUGAGUACUCAGGGCCCAUGCCUUCUCCUGCUGAUGUACCCAGUCCUGGGGACUCUCCGCACCAGCGUUUCCCUUCUAUGGAGAGUGAAGCUGAAGAAGAGCUUGGGGCCUCGGAAGGUGAAGGUGAUCAAAAAGGUAUGCAACAAGAUCAUAAGGGAAUCAUCCCGGAGAUAUCUCAAAAACCAGUGUUUGAAAAGAAAGAUUCACCAGUCAAGAGUUCCUUGAUUCUUGAAAAAGCUGUGACGAGUGGAAUAAAACCUGAUCGCCUAAGAAUUCCGAUGACUUCUUCAAAAGAUAGACUGAGUGAGUUUCGUUUGGAGACAGGUCUCCCUGGUGACUUAAAGAUCCAAGCCAUCCCCGAGGUAGAGGUUGAAAAAGACCCCUCAAGAGAGGCGUCUCCCAUCCCACCAGACAGUUCCUUUACUUUUAGUCCUGUGGAAACUGGAAGCAAGGUACCCCCAACCCCCACCACCCCCAAGUCCCCAAAUGAUACACCCUCAGAAACCAAAGUCACUGGAGAGAAGGCAGGAAAAGAUGUCUUGUCGGAGGUUGAAGCAGAGAACGAUCAAGAGCCUGAAAGGACUGAAAAUAAAACAGAGGUGGAUGAAGGAACGCAAAAAUCUAAGCAGGAGGAAUCAGAAGAAAGGAGGGAAGAACCAGAAAUAGCAAACACAAACAUACCUUCCGCAUCAUCGCCGUCAUUAGGAGAGAGCACAGAAACAGAUGAAACUAAGAUUCAAAGUGAGCCACCUACAAGAUCAGAAACACUAGAAAAGCAAGAGACCUCAAAAGCUGUUGAGGCUUUAAGCACCGAAAAGCCCUCAGAUGUGAAAGAUGCCAAAGUCCAGUUACAGUUACAGGAGGUGACUCUGGAUAAAGUCGCACCAAAGCCACAAAUAUCUUCCCCGAUCAUCAUUAUACCUCAAGCACAAGUAGACGAAGAAGCAGAUGAAGAGGAUGAUAUUGAGAUUGCCGAAGAGCCUCAGGAGGUUAUGGAGGAAGCUGAAGUGCCUGUGCUCCCCAAGACUGAUCAAGCAGAGGAGAGUCUAAUCAAAGUGAGGCUGACGGUAGGCGAUCACAGUGUGGACGAAGAUUCCAAGUCUGGAGCAGAAGAAUGGAGUCACAGCGCACAAAACAGCGAUGACGGGGAGCCUGCAACAGACAGUUCGCAUUUGUCUCCAUGCUCUGAUCAUGAUCUACCACAGCAACCGGAUGAAGGUAGUACGAAUGAGGGGAUGGAAGAGGAUAAAGUAGAAGAAGAUAGGCAAAUGAGUAGGGAUGAAGAGAUGAAAGAGGAGGGCAAAGUGGUAAAGAGAGACUCAAAAGGGGAGGAACAGGUGGAGGAAUCUGGUUUGGAUAGGGUAGGCAAACAAAAAGAGAAGAAAACUUUGGAGGAUGAGGGGGAAGAGAGGAUGGGUGAAGAGGAGGUGGAAGAGAAGGACAUCGAGAUUGGUCAGGAGGUGGAAGAGACCUCUGAGGUGCUCUGCCAGACCGGUCAGGCAGCUAAUGAUGAAACCACCAUGGACGCCUCUAUCCUAGAUACAGACAGUGGCUGGAUGGAUUCACAAGAUGAUGACAAAAGUAUCAUGACUGAGAAAAUCGAAGCCCUUCCUCAGGUCCAGAGUCCUACCAGUACACCUGUGGUGGACAGACCCGCUAAACGGGCCCCUGGCAGAGGAAGGGGCCACCCUGGCUCCACUGAGAGUAAAGUGUCCCGCAAAGUGCCCAGCCACCAUCCACCAAGAGAGGAGAUGAAGAAGAAAAAAGUAGCUGUGAGGAGGGCUGACCAGAAUAAGGUGUCAGCCCUCCAAAGUCGUUCUCCAUCUCGAAAGAGUGUAGCCAAAGUGGCAGCCAGACAUCCUAGGCCCGCUCUGCUUCACGGCUCUGCUAGACGCAAGGCCACAGGUAUGGAAAGCCACCAGCCUCUCAGUGUGGCCCAUCAUUCCAGGGAGAGGACCACUGAGAGAGCAUACCGCAGCCCAGAGAAGAGGUCGUCUCUGCCCAGGCCAGCCAAAUCUCUGACACGCCACAUCCCUGCUGCUGAACAAGAAGACAGCACCCCCUCCAGGCCAACCUCGAUCCAGUCCAGAGCGGACAGCAGGUCUGGAAGAGCCCCUGGUAUGGCAGGCACAGAGUCUGCACGUUCUCGAUCAGUCCGUAGCGGCGCCUCCACCCCUGGCUCCUCCGCCGUCACGCCCGGCACACCCCCAAGCUACUCCUGCCGCACCCCUGGCUCUCGCACCCCCGGCAGCCACACGCCCAAGUCCUUCAGCGUCCUCCAGGAGAAGAAGGUGGCGGUGAUCCGAACCCCGCCCAAGUCGCCAUCCUCCGCCCAGCGGCAGCUGAAGGUUCUCAACCAGCCCCUGCCUGACCUGAAGAAUGUAAAGUCCAAGAUUGGGUCCACCUCCAACCUCAAGCACCAGCCGAAAGGCGGACAGGUUCAAAUUUUACACGAGAAGCUGGACUUCAGUCAUGUUCAGUCAAAGUGCGGCUCCAAGGAUAAUCUGAAGCACUCGCCCAAAGGAGGCAAUGUCAUGAUUCCAAGUGUUAAACUGGACUUUAGCCACGUUCAGGCUAAAUGUGGCUCCCUGGACAAAAUCCAGCACGCAGCAGGCGGGGGGAACGUCCAAAUCCAGACCAAGAAGAUCGACUUGAGCCACAUCACCUCCAAAUGCGGCUCCAUGUCCAAUAUCCACCACAGACCAGGGGGAGGUCAUGUGCGCAUUGAGAAUGUGAAGCUGGACUUUAAAGACAAGGCCCACGCCAAAGUCGGCUCCCUGGGCAACACCAGCCAUGUUCCUGGAGGCGGGAAUGUUAUGAUUGAGAGCCACAAGCUGACCUUCCGGGAAACGGCCAAAGCCCGAGUGGAUCACGGCGCAGAAAUCAUUGUCACCCACUCCCCUGGCAUCGAGACGGGAGGCACUUCCCCUCGCCUGUCCUCCUCCGGCAGCAUCAAUAUGAUGGAGUCACCCCAGCUCUCCACGCUGGCCCAGGAUGUCACCGCUGCCCUCGCCAAACAGGGCUUAUGAGCGGGCUGCCUCUCCUUCGGAUAGCCUCCAAAAAAUCCACACCAUCACUCCUCUUCCCAUCAAUUUCACUCAUAAGCAUCCAGUGUUCUCCCGAGGUCCUUCACUGCAACACGACCCCCACACACGUGACCCCAAAGGUUCUACAGUUACAGUUGAUAGGCUGUCUCGUCCAUCAACAACCCUUCUGGCCCUCUCUGUGGGAUUAUAAAAACUGAAUUCUAAGAUUAUGCUUCAUUCACACCUUUAAAAGGAACAUGCCCAGUCACUUUUUAUUUCUCAUUUUUGUUCACUCAAACAUGGACUUUUCUGUUUUGUUUUAGAUAGGCUGUACAUUAAGGUUUUGAAUGGAUGUUCAUCUAAGAAGGCAUUGACGGUUUUAAGAUUGUACAGUGUGAUUUUUUUUUUUUUAGCGUGAAAAGCAUCACAUUCCACGUGUUUGGAGAUAAACGGUAUGGUGCAUAAUGUUCAUUCAGAAAUUAUACGGUACUGAAUGCAAGAAAUAGCUACUAGAUACUAGACGCUAGUCUUAAAGAUACAACAGCGAGAGACUUAAGUUACAGAAAAGUGGCACGCAACUGUACCUGCAAAAGAAUGGCUGAUGAGCAUGUCUGCUAAAAUGUGACAUGACAGGAAUUUUCGUUUGUUGGUUUUAUUAUCUUAUGGUUUCCUGAUAUGUGCUGAAUUGUUGGAAAAAAUUGUGUUCUCCUGUUUCUUUUUAUAUAUGUCACUGUAGUGGAAGUUGUUACAGUUUUGUAUGUUCCCUGUGGCUGCACUGGCUUAUUAGCACUUCCAUGUGGAUAACCACUGCAGUUAUGUCGAGUCAAGCGCUAAAAGGCUAGCUUUCCAAUAGAUUUUUGUUUUCUUUUUUGCAAACCAAUGGGCUGCUCUUUUUUUUUGGUUUUACAUUAGCUCUGUGAUUUUAUUAGGCUACAACAACGCUGUUAUGCUGGCAUGGCAAAUAAAUGAUAAAUAAAUUAGAUCUAUUUGGAGCGAACUUAAACUUUUCAGUGUGAGUGUAAAUGGCCAGGAUGCAUUCUAGUGUUCAAGGUCAGAUCCCUAAACCGGCCCCUCAUGCUCGUGUGAUCUUUCUCCUUUUACAGAGACUGGGUUGUACAUUGUAUUUGAAAGGGGCAAUGGGCCCAAUGUUUGUUUAAAAAGUGGCAAGUAUGAAGCUUUAUAUGAAAACAUUCCAUAAAAAGAGCAGCUACCUGGCCAUUUUGUGCAGUUGAACCGGUAACUUUACAGGAAAUGAAAGCAGAAACGAAGAAGACAAGAAGAAUGGGAGUAACCCUCAACUUGCAGCUGUUAGAAUUCAUUUAAAAAAAAAGAGUAAAAAACAAAACUGUUCUAGCAUAUUCUCUGCUCACCAUUGUGAAAUUCCUCUGCCCCCUUUUUCCUCCUC